AUGGAGAUCUUUAUCAAGGCAGAGAACUACCAAGUCUGGAGGGUCAUCGAGGUUGGUGAUUUCGAAGUCACCAAAACAAAUGCUCAGAACGAGGUAAUCCCUAAGCCUAUGUCUGAAUAUGAAAAAGAAGACUUUGAUAAAAUGGAAAUAAAUGCUAUGGCUGUGAAAUUGCUCCACUGUGGACUUCGACCUCACGAACACAAUCGUGUUAUGGGGUGCAAGAACGCUAAGGAAAUCUGGGAUUUGCUGCAGAUUAAUCAUGAAGGAACUAAUGAGAUUCCUACAGAUGAGAAGGUUAGGAAGGUUCUUAGAAGUCUUCCACAAGAUGAGAGGUGGAGAGCUAAGGUGACAGCCCUUCAGGAAACGAAGGACUUUACCAAGUUCAAUAUUGAACAGCUAGGAGGCUAUCUCAUGACUCAUGAGCUACACCUUGGAGUCAACAAUGAACCCAUGAGAAACAAGGGUUUGGCUCUUAAGGCUGAUGAGGAGGAAGACUCAGAAGUGGACGAGGAUGAGGCUGCCCUAAUUGUGCGAAGAUUUAAAAAGAUGUUCAAGAAAGGCCGAACCUCAAGAAACUUCGGGAAAAAGACCUCAAAUCCAAAGCCUGACUACAACUGCCACAAUUGUGGAUCUCCAGAUCACUUUAUCAAAGAUUGUCCCCUUUGGGAAAAUGAUAAAGGGAAAGGAAAGGCUAAGGAACAGGGAAGAGAAAAAUUCAGCAAAGCAAACUAUCAAAAGUCAGACAUGAGGAAGGUCAUGAUAGCAGCCUGGGGAGACUCAGAAAGUGAAGAAGAAGAUGAUGACCAACCAGAAGAGGAAACAACCAAUCUAUGUUUAAUGGCCAAAUCAGAUGAUGAAAAGGCUUACCUUGAGGAACUUCAUAAAGAGGUAUUUCUUGAUCCUAAGCAGCUUAAAACUCUCUCUAAAGAUGUCUUGAUAGAUAUAUGUCUAGAAGAAGAAGAAUUCUUUAGAGAUACAUGUGUAAAAUUGAAUAAAUGUAAAAAAGCUCUUAAGGUUUCCAAAGAACAUGGUGCUUGGUUGGAAACAACCUAUACCAAGUCUCAAAGCAAACUAAGAGAACUUGAUUUUAAAUACAAACACAUAACUGAGAUAGCUGAUAGAAUUAAGAAUGAAAGUAUUCUUCUGAAUGUUGAACUAACUCAGUAUAAGCUCAUGAAUUCUGAUAUCAGUUCUAGCAGUUCCUCAAGCGAUCAAUUGGUUAAAUUCAAUGUUGAUUUUGAAAAUUUUAAAAUUGAGCUUUCUACUUUAAAAACCCAAAAGGAUCAACUUGAAUCUAAACUGAAUGCUAGAAAGGAUAGAAGUAUUGACCCAAAAGUCAUACCUAAGUGGAUAGCUGAAGCUCAAGGAAAAAGAACUAAAGGUCUUGGUUAUAUGACCAAGAAAGGUAAGCAAAAGAAAUAUGUUGAGCUUCCUAGCAUGAAGGUAUGCACUUUUUGUGGUAAGACUGGACAUCUCUAUGGACAGUGUAGGAUAAGAGAAGAAGCUGAUAAAAGAAAUGUCCUAGUGAGGGGGAACAACUCGUGGUAUCUCGACAGCGAAGACUACCCUGGAGGAACAGUAACCUUUGGGGAUAAUAAGAAGGGCGAGAUCAUUGGAAAAGGCAAAAUUGGUAGAUCAAAAUCUCAUUCCAGUGAUAAUGUGUUCCUGAUCGAGGGCUUAAUGCACAAUUUGCUCAGUAUAUCACAAUUCUGUGACAAAGGAAAUUCUGUAAGUUUUACUUCUGACUUUUGCAACAUCAUCAACAACAAGUCAGGAAAGGUUGUUCUAGAAAGAACUAGAAGAGGGAACACUUAUACAGUUGACCUAAACUUAAUCCCAAGGAACAACAUUACAUGUCUGAGUGUUGUUGAAGAUGAUCCCCUGCUAUGGCAUAAACGUUUUGGACAUGCUAGCUUUUCAUUACUGGACAAGCUAAGGUCAAGGAACUUGGUUGUGGGACUUCCUAUUAUCAAGCUCCUACAGAACAAAGUUUGUGAUGCAUGUGUGAAAGAUUCACUUGGGUUAUUUUUUCUUGCUAGUAAAGAUGAAACUUUUAACGAGGAAAAUGGCAUGGCUCAUAACUUCUCAGCUCCAAGGACUCCCCAACAGAAUGGAGUUGUAGAAAGGAAGAAUCGAACCCUUGAGGAAAUGGCUAGAACGAUGCUGAUUGCAAGUGGAUUGCCAAGGAACUUCUGGGCUGAAGCCGUGAAUACAGCAUGUUACAUCCUUAACAGGGUAACAAUCAGAAGUAUCAUCAACAAGACUCCCUAUGAACUAUUCAAGGGAAGAAAGCCAAACAUAUCUCAUCUUAGAGCCUUUGGAUGUAAGUGCUUUGUACAUAACAAUGGUAAGAAAAACCUAGGGAAAUUUGAUGAAAGAAGUGAAGAGGCCAUAUUUCUAGGAUAUGCCUCUGAUAGCAAAGCUUAUAGAGUUUACAAUAAAAGCUCAAUGUGUGUUGAGGAAAGCAUUCAUAUAAUCUUUGAUGCAGUUAACCAGUUUGUGAGUGUACAGGAAAAAGAAGAUGAUAAUGAUUUUGAAAUUGGAUUGAUAAGAGACAGGGAUGAAGAAGAGACCCUAAAGCAAACCAAAGAAAAGCAGCCUGCUCUAGAAGAGGAUCAUCAAGAAAAUGGAGAGGUUCCUCAACCAGAUGAACAGGUGAACGAGGAACAAGCAGAAGAAGCAGAAGGAACAGAAACAGAAGCUCCUCAAAUUGGAGUUCCAGCAAGGGAAUUCCAACCCAGGCCAUUCAGGUAUCGAGGUUCCCAUCCAACUGAUCUAAUUAUCAGUGAUAUAAGAAAAGGAACUCAAACAAGAUCACAGAUGAGGAACUACUGCGCAUUCCAUGCAUUUCUGUCCAUUCUAGAACCAAGAAAUCAUCAAGAAGCCUCGGGAGAUGCUGAUUGGAUAGUGGCCAUACAAGAGGAACUCAAUGAGUUCGAAAGGAACAAGGUCUGGCACCUUGAACCAGAGCCUAAGGGAAAUAAAGUAAUUGGGCUCAAAUGGGUGUUUAGGAACAAGCUUGAUGAACAUGGAACCAUAGUAAGGAACAAGGUUAGAUUGGUUGUGAAGGGCUACAACCAACAGGAAGGUAUUGAUUUCGAUGAAACCUUUGCUCUUGUGUUUGUUGAACAACCUCCAGGUUUCGAAAAUCCUAAAUUUCCAAAUCAUGUUUUUAAGCUUGAUAAAGCUCUCUACGGGCUUAACCAAGCUCCAAGAGCCUGGUAUGAAAGGCUUUCAAAGUUCCUACUGAAAAAUGAUUUCAAAAGAGGAAAAGUAGACAAAACUCUUUUUCUUAAAUCUCGAGGAACUGAUUUGUUAGUUGUGCAGAUCUAUCAAACAACUGAAGGAAUAAUGAUUCACCAACAAAAGUAUGUCAAGGAACUUCUGAAGAAGUACAACAUGGAGAAUGCCAAGACAAAUCAUACACCUAUGGGAACAUCAACAAGACUUGAUGAGGAUCCACAAGGAAAAAGUGUGGAUCAAACCACUUACAGAGGUAUGAUUGGUUCAUUGCUGUAUCUAACAGCCAGUAGGCCUGACAUUUCUUUUAGUGUUGGAUUGUGUGCUAGAUUUCAGUCUAAUCCUAAAGAAUCACAUCUAAUGGUUGUUAAGAGAAUUUUUAGAUACCUCAAAGGAUCAGAUGACCUGUGUCUGUUCUAUCCUAGAAGUGAUGACUUUAUGCUUAAAGGAUUCACAGAUGCUGACUAUGCAGGUGACCUAGUCAAUAGAAAAAGCACCUCAGGUAUGGUUCAGUUCCUUGGCUCUUGUCUAGUUUCUUGGGGUUCCAAGAAACAAAAUACUGUUGCAUUGUCUACUGCAGAGGUUGAGUAUGUAGCAGCAGCUGCUUGUUUCUCUCAAAGUAAUGUGAUAAGGAAUCCUCUUCUUGAUGCAAAUAUUGAUGAGAUAGUGGAGUUUCUAGGUGGAGACCCGGAGGAAACCUACAUAAAUCACAAUGACCUAACCCCUCUUGACAAAAUUCUGCUAAAAUUUGUUUUCAAUGAUAUUAUCCCUCGCACCCAAAAGAGAGACAGUGGCAACAAGCUUGACUCUGUUCUCAUCUAUUUCCUAGCCAAAAAGAUCCAAAUAAACUUUCCCUCCAUCAUGAUUCAACACCUUUCCCACUGUGUUCCAAAAGGAUGGAAGGUGGGAUAUGGUAACCUUCUCACCUAUGUCUUUGAAAGCUUUGGCAUUUCCUUUAUUGAUAAAGAACUCCUGCCCCUCAAAAACACCGAGUACAUGCAGCUCAUUUUCCUUGAAAACCAUAAGAUGAAGGUUUUAGAUGGAUGUUUUGAGGUUGUGCUGGAAGAAAAAGAUAAGAGGCCAAAGGAAGUAGGUGCUGAAGCUGAGGGGGAAGAAGAGAGAGCUACUGGGAUCAUAGAGGGAGUGGUACAAGACAUUCAGGAGGAGGAAGAGGAAAAGGUGGUUGAGGAAGUUACUGAGAGAGGGGGAAGGAAGAAAAGGAAGAGCUUGAGGUUGAUAGAGAAAAGGGAGACCUCUUCCCCCAUUUGCAUUGAUAUCUCAGGGGUGCAAGAGGAUUUGCAGAAAGUCACAAGCUCUCCUAUUUCGGGCAAGUAUGCAUCUGCAGGUACAUGUUUUGCAGCCUUCAAUUCCCCACCUAAGGUUCCCAGCGAGGAUGUCAAGGAGAUUAAGGAGAUGCUCCAGAAAUUACUGAAGGAACAAGAUCAAUCAAAGGUGCAGAUGGAGGAACUAAAGAAGAGUGUGCUCACUCUAGAUGCUGUUGUGAAGGAACUGGUCAAGAGCUCAGAACAGGGGAGACAGUCCAUUGUAAAGGACAUAGUGUCUCAAAUCAGCAAGAAGCUGGAGGAUCUAGUUGUUGAUGAUGACCAGAGCACUGCAUCUUAA